CGUGCGCCCGGGCAGCUGCAGUCCUGCACCCCUCGCGCAGCGCGCCCUGGCCGGUGCCCGCGGGCGGUGGAGCGUCUGCUGUCCUCGCGGCCAUGGGCACGCGCGGGGUCCCCGCGCUGGUGGACACCACGCCCGCCAAGACCAUCCUGGUGUACCGCAACGGGGACCCGUUCUACGUGGGCCGCCGCGUGGUGCUGCCGCGCCGCCGCGCCGCCACCUUCGAGGCGCUGCUGGAGCAGCUGACGGAGCAGGUGCCGGUGCCGUUCGGGGUGCGGCGCCUCUUCACGCCGACGCGCGGGCGCCCGGUGCUCGAGCUGGCCGCGCUGCAGGCCGGCGGCAAGUACGUGGCGGCCGGCCGCGAGCGCUUCCAGAAGCUCGAUUAUAUUCAUAUAGUUCCCAGAAAACCUGCAAAGAUGAGAAAGUUGAAGGAAAUCAAACCAGUGGUACAUUGUGAUAUAAAGGUGCCUUCCAGGUGGCAAACAUAUCAUCGUACAUCCCGACAUAUACAUGUUUUCACAAAUGGAAGAUUAUUUAUUCCACCUACAAAAAUUAUUAUACCCAAAUUUAGUCUGACGGAAUGGAAUAGCGUGCUGGCCAUGAUUGGAGAAAAAGUCUUUCCUCUGGGAGGUGUUCGAAAAUUAUUUACAAUGAAUGGGCAUCUUUUGGACAACUCAAAGGAUCUGCAAGACCAACAUUUUUACGUGGCGGCAGGACUGGAGUCCUUCAAGUAUUUCCCUUACUGGAAGUCCCCAAAUGUUCCCAGUGAGGUCCAACAAAAAUACGCGGACAUUGAGAAACACUCACGAAGAAAGAAAAAAGAGGAUUCCAAAGGAAAAGAACCUCCUAAACAUGACAACAUUCCACCUAGAGCUCAGGAUUCUGUUUUUUACGCCAAAGAAGGACAGAAGAAAACACUGGUAGAGCCUUUAAUCCAAGGUGGUGCAGAAGGUGACGUGUAUAAAGCCCAGACUCCUAACAUGGAGACCCAAGGAGUGCCAGAAGUGACAGAGGACCAGUAUGUGCAGGUGGAAGUGCCUCUGGACCAGAGACCAGCUGAGAUAGUUAAAGAAGUUGAAGAGAUACACGAUGAUGCUCCUGAUUUUGAAAGCAACAAGGAAAAAGAAGAUGAAAGGCUUUAUGAAGACAAUGAAGGAAAGGAAGACAAUUCACGAAUGUCUUUUAAGAAAAGGUUUCCCUUAAGACACAACACAAAGAAAAAAGCGUCUCUCAAGAACCUCAGCAAGAAUAAAAAAGUGGUUACAUUUCCUGAAAAAGAACAAUAUGACAUGGUAGAGGAAAAAAAUAGACCUGUACUACUAGAAACCCCGGUAAAGAUAGAAGACCAAAGAGAACCACCAAUGAGACAACAGUCUCAAGAAGAAUCAUCACUAAGACAACCAGAAGAAAAACCCGAGGCACAAGAAUUGCUCCAGCCGUCGUCCUCGAGACAACCGUCUGACGAACAGAUACCCGAGAAACAAGAAUCAUUGGAACAGUCAUCCUUGGGGCAACCAUCCCAAGAACAGAUGCCUGACAAACAAGAACCCCCUAAACGGUCAUCCUUGGGGCAACCAUCCCAAGAACAGAUACCCGAGAGACAAGAAUCAUUGGAACAGUCAUCCUUGGGGCAACCAUCCCAAGAACAGAUACCCGAGAGACAAGAAUCAUUGGAACAGUCAUCCUUGGGGCAACCGUCCCAAGAACAGAUACCCGAGAGACAAGAAUCAUUGGAACAGUCAUCCUUGGGGCAACCGUCCCAAGAACAGAUACCCGAGAGACAAGAGUCAUUGGAACAGACAUCCUUGGGACAACCAUCCCAAGAACAGAUACCCGAGAGACAAGAAUCAUUGGAACAGUCAUCCUUGGGGCAACCGUCCCAAGAACAGAUGACUAAGGGAGAACAAAGAGAAGGACAAAUACCAUGAAAACUGAAUAUCCGCCAUGUUGUGAAGAACAACGUUCAGAAGCCAGAAAGGAUCAUAAGGCAAAUGAAAAUAAAAUUAGACUUUUAUUUUCACAUUAUGCUGAAGAGAUGACCUGGGAGUGGAAACCGGUAGAAUAAAGCAAUCACCUCUAUAUCUACUCGAAGUCAAUUUGGUGCUUCCCUCUCAUACACGGACAUUUUAACAGCAAGAAAAUUGCGUCUGGGGUGAAACUGAAGCCCCAAGC